AUGUCGAACGAGGAGCUGGAUGACAUUCAGCGACUCCGGGCAUCACGUCCAUCAGCACUAAGAAGUGGGAUUGGACUUGCAAGUAACAAGGAAGACAAAGACAUUUAUGGAUCAGGGUCAUCGCGCUCCAACUACGUCGAGUCUAUUCCCGUACGUCGUGGCGAUGUGGAUAACGAUGCUUCGGACGACGAUGAGCAGCCAAGGCGUGCAAACCCACUGGAUGCAUUCACUGCGCCACAGCACCUAUUGAAUGAGUUUGCUGACGACUCGUUCGAUCCGUUGGCGGAGCGUGUAGCACAGCGCCAGUUGGCGACGCGUCAGUCAGACUACCAUAACCGUCGAUUCCAACGCGAUGCGGGACCUGAUUCACAACGUGAUCCAUUCGCACAGCCGAGCGAAGAGGGCGAUGCGCCUGCGGAGGAGGGAUAUCGAGAUGCCAUGCGUCGUGCACAGGUAGAGCGUGAAGAGCACAGAGUGCGUCGGAUCAUUGAGGAAAAAGAACGGUCUAUGGACUAUCAGUCUCCUGCGGCUGAGCCGUCCGAAACCAUGGGACAGGGGGCCUUGCCGCAGCGGAAGCGCCGGUGGGACGUAGCUCCCGAUGACGUGCGUCCCGCGGCGCACGAAGGAGCCACGCUGCCGGCCUCUUCUGCCACAGAUACAGAGACAGAUACAUCCUCGACCAAGCGGCGCCGCUCACGCUGGGAUGAAAUUCCCGCGGAAGACACGGGUGUCGACACGUCCAAACGAUCGCGAUGGGAUCAGACGCCGGCAGGUGAGUUUUCAUCUGCAUCUACAUCCUCGUCGACGAGCACGACUGCACCUCCUGCAACUGCUUCUGACUCUGUGGCAACAAAGGUGCCAUUCAAGCCAGCGCGUGUGCGGUACAUGUCCGACAGCGAGCUGGACGCGCUCCUCCCGAGUGAAGGAUACACGAUUGUUGAGCCGCCACCAGGGUAUGCGCCUGUGCGCACAGGCGCGCACAAGCUGACCGAGGCGCCGGAGGGAGAGAGCGGUUUCACAAUGCACGAGUCAUCGACGCUGGGGGGGAUGGCCGAUGACAUUGUCGCUGACCUGCCGACGGAUGUGCCAGGUGUGGGCCAGCUGGCCUUUAUGAAGCCCGAGGACCAAAAAUACUUUGGCAAAGUGUUGCAAGAGGAGGAUGAGAACGAACGACUGACACGUGCGGAGGCCAAGGAACGAGAAAUCAUGCGUCUGCUCCUCAAGAUCAAAAACGGCACACCGCCACUUCGGAAGCAGGCACUGCGGCAGAUUGCCGAUCAAGCCCGGGAGUUUGGGCCUGGCCCGCUCUUUGACAAGAUCCUGCCGCUUUUGAUGGAGCGGACGCUCGAGGACCAGGAGCGUCAUCUGCUGGUCAAGGUGAUUGACCGUGUGCUGUACAAGUUGGAUGAGCUCGUGCGGCCGUACGUGCACCGGAUUCUCGUUGUGAUUGAGCCGUUGCUGAUUGACGAGGACUACUAUGUGCGUAUUGAGGGGCGCGAGAUCAUCAGCAACCUAGCGAAGGCGGCUGGCCUGGCACACAUGAUUAGCACCAUGCGGCCGGACAUUGACCAUGCGGAUGAAUAUGUGCGGAACACAACGGCACGAGCGCUCGCUGUCGUGGCGUCAGCGCUGGGUAUUCCAGCGAUCCUGCCGUUCCUGCGUGCUGUAUGCCGGUCGAAAAAGAGCUGGCAGGCACGCCACACGGCCGUGCGUGUUGUGCAGCAGAUGGCCAUCAUGAUGGGCUGUGCAGUGCUUCCGCACCUACGCAAUUUGGUCGACUGCAUCGAGAAGGGCCUAGAGGACGAGCAGCAAAAGGUCAAGACGAUGACAGCGCUUGCUCUGUCGGCACUAGCGGAGGCGUCGGCGCCCUAUGGCAUAGAGAGUUUCGAGAAUGUGCUCAAGCCGCUGUGGCUUGGCAUUCGGCAUCAUCGUGGGCGCGGCCUAGCGGCAUUCCUCAAGGCGAUUGGGUUCAUCAUUCCGCUGAUGGACUCGGACAGCACGCUGUACUUUGUGAAGGAGAUCACUCCCACGCUGAUCCGCGAGUUCCAAAGCGCCGAUGACGAGAUGCGGCGCAUUGUGCUGAAAGUUGUGCGGCAAUGUGCUGUGACGGACGGCGUCACGGGCACGUUCCUGCGUGCGGAGCUCGUGCCGGACUAUUUCAAGGCAUUCUGGGUGCGCCGCAUGGCACUGGACCGGCGGAACUUCCGCGAAGUCGUCGAGACGACACGCGCUCUUGCAGACAAGGUCGGCGUGAGCGACGUCGUCGGCCGUCUCGUACACUUUCUGAAGGACGAUAGCGAGCCAUUCCGCAAGAUGGCGAUGGACGCGAUCCAGCAUGUCGUCGCAUCGCUUGGCACAGCCGAUGUAGACGAGCGGUUGGAGGUUCAGCUUGUCGAUGGCAUGAUCUAUGCGUUCCAGGAACAGUCUGUUGAAGAUCGUGUCAUGCUGAAUGGCGUCGGCACCAUUGCCAAUGCGCUCGGGAUGCGGAUCAACCCGUACCUGAUGCAGAUCGUGUCGACGAUCCUGUGGCGCCUCAACAACAAGAAUGCGAGCACGCGGCAGCAGGCGGCCGACUUGACGACGAAGCUGGCCGUCGUCAUCAAGCAGUGCGGCGAGGACGCCUUGCUGUCGAACCUGGGUCUGGGCGAAGAGUUUCCCGAGACGCUGGCAAGCAUGAUCGCAGCCGAGGGCGCUAUUGCGAAUGUGGUCGGCAUGACCCAGAUGAAUCCGCCCGUCAAGGACCUGCUUCCGCGCAUGACGCCCAUUCUGCGCAACCGGCACGAGCGCGUGCAGGAGGCCAGUAUCAACCUGAUCGGGCGCAUCGCCGACCGGGGCGCCGAGUUCGUUAGUGCACGUGAGUGGAUGCGCAUCUGCUUUGAGCUGCUCGACCUACUCAAGGCACACAAGAAGGCCGUACGGCGCGCGGCCAUCAACAGUUUUGGCUACAUUGCCAAGGCCAUUGGACCACAGGACGUGCUGCAGGUGCUGCUGACGAACCUGCGCGUCCAGGAACGCCAGAGCCGUGUGUGCUCGACGGUCGCGAUCGCCAUUGUCGCAGAGACGUGUGGGCCGUUCACGUGUCCGCCGGCGAUCUUGAACGAGUACCGGACGCUUGAGUUCAACGUCAAGCACGGCUGCCUGAAAGCACUCAGCUGGGUGUUUGAGUACAUUGGCGAAAUGAGCAAAGAUUACGUGUACAGCGUCAUGACCCUGCUCGACGACGCCUUCACGGACCGCGAUGUCGUGCAUCGGCAGACGGCCGCCAGCAUUGUCAAGCAUCUCGCGCUCGGCACCGCAGGCCUCGGCAGGGAAGACGCCAUGCAGCACUUGCUCAAUCUCGUGUGGCCGAACCUGUUUGAAACGAGUCCUCACGUGAUCAAUGCCGUCAUGGAGGCCAUCGAGGCACUGCGUGUCUCACUGGGGCCAGGCGUCAUUCUGUACCAUACGCUGCAGGGGCUCUUCCAUCCCGCGCGCAAAGUGCGCGAGGCUUAUGUGCGCACGUACAACACCAACUAUGUCGGUGCACAGGACGCACUGGUUGCGUACUACCCGUCGCUCGAUGACCAGCCUGAGGAACAUCGUGACUAUGCACGCCAUGAUCUAGCUAUGGUUCUGUAG